CGCGGAGCAAUAUUCCGUAAAGCACCGUCACAAAAGGUUAUGGAACGUGUUCAUCGUGUGAAUUGUCAACGCAUGUUCUUGUUGGAUCGUGAACAGAAGCCAGAAACAAUUUUUCAACAAGCAUCUUCCUCUUCAAGUGCUACGCAACCUCUUGUUAUGCGAGAAGAGUUCAAAGUAUUGGGCUCGACCGGUAAUGUGUAUACGGUAAACAUCGAUCGUCAGCCCAGAUGUGAUUGUCCGGAUUGGAUGAAUAACGGAGGUAAUCCGUGUAAACAUACAAUUUUUGUCUUUUUACGAAUUCUCGGCAUCAGUCAAAACAGUCAUACAUGGUAUCAAAAAGCAUUACUGCCUUCUGAAUUGCAAGACAUCUUUGCCAGUGCACGACCUGAUCCAACGCAUUCAAACCCGAGCCUUCAAUCAGCCUAUUUGAAAGCUGUUUCAGGUAGUAAGAAGGAAGAUGAAGAAGAAGACACAAAAGCUGAGGGAAAACGCCGUAUUCCACAAAAAGGUGAUGUCUGUCCAGUCUGUUAUGAGGAAUUUGCUGAGGGAAUCUCAAAGGAUCUGGUAUUCUGUGAAGAAUCUUGCGGUAAUCCUUUGCACAAGAAAUGCGCUACUGAAUGGUCAAAAGCAUGCAAAGGAUCGUUCCAACAGGUGACUUGUAUUUAUUGUCGUGCAAAUAUG